CACUAUUGGUGUUUUCCGUCUGUAAAUUCCGGUUUCUUUCCCUUUGCCUUGCUUCUGAAAGUGCUCGGAAUUACAGUUUUGAAUUCCGAGAGCGGAGGCCCCAGGACGGGCUCCGCCUCUCUAGCUGAUGUCAGCCUUGCUUCCAGAAUCUUCUGUUCAUUGCCAAUAGGAACACAGAAUGGACGGAUCUCAGAAGCCUGUGUCCUUUGAAGAUGUGGCUAUGGACUUCAGCUGGGAGGAGUGGCAGGACCUAGACAUUGCUCAGAGGACCCUGUAUAGGGAUGUAAUGCUGGAGACAUACAUCAACUUGUUGUCCUUGGGGCACUGUGUUUCUAAACCCAAGUUGAUUAUCAAGCUGGAGGAAGGUAUAGAAACAUGGAUGGGAGAAGUCUCAGGCAAGAAUUUCCAAGAUGUCCUGGAAAUUGAUGACAUGAUUAAGAGUUGCGAGGAAAGUCCAGAAGAAUGGCCGAAUGAAGUAGCAAUCACCAAAAGCAACCUUGUGGAUGAAAGAGUGAGAUUAAUGAGAACUUUUCAUUUGAGCCCUAAACACAUGACAGAGCUGCAUAGGAAUAGUAGGAAAUCCUUAGGAAUGUGGACUGAGGCAUCCAUUGCACGUCAGAAUAUGGUUCUCCAUUGUGAGCUUGAAGAGAUGCAUGCUGGAUCUAGGCCUGGUAUCUCUCAUGUAGAGGAAAAUUCCCUUAGCCACAUGGAGACUUUUAGUCAACAUUGCGAGAGUCCCAGUGAGCAGCAGUAUUUCACAGAUGGUGGAAAAGGGAUGGUAUUAACCUCAAAGACCAUAUUCUUUAGAAAUAAUUGUGCUUGUGUGGGAGAAAAUCAUUAUGAAUGCAACAAAUGUGGAAAGUCCUUCAAUCAUGAGUCAGCUCUGAAAACACAUAAUAGGAUACACAUUAGUGAGAAAAUUUAUGAAUGUAAUAAGUGUGAAAAGUCUUUUGCCAGGAAAACAAAGCUUAGGGUUCAUGAGAGAAGACAUACAGGAGAGAAACCUUAUAAAUGUAACACGUGUGGAAAGUCUUUUGCCUGGCAAUCAUAUGUUCGUGUUCAUGAGAGAACACAUACAGGAGAGAAACCUUAUAAAUGUAACACAUGUGGAAAGUCUUUUACCCGGAAACCAUACCUAAGUGGUCAUGAGAGAACACAUACAGGAGAGAAACCUUAUAAAUGUAACACAUGUGGAAAGUCUUUUGCCUGGAAAUCAUAUGUUCGUGUUCAUGAGAGAUCACAUAGAGGAGAGAAACCUUAUAAAUGUAACACAUGUGGAAAGUCUUUUGCCAUGAAAACAAAGCUUAAUGUUCAUGAGAGAACACAUACAAGAGUGAAACCUUAUAAAUGUACCACAUGUGGAAAGUCUUUUUCCAAGAAAACAAGGCUUAGUCUUCAUGAGAGAACACAUACAGGAGAGAAACGUUAUAAAUGUAACACAUGUGGAAAGUCUUUUGCCACGAAAACAAAGCUUAGUGUUCAUGAGAGAACACAUACAGGAGAGAAACCUUAUAAAUGUAACACAUGUGGAAAGUCUUUUGCCCAGAAAUCAUACCUAAGUGUUCAUGAAAGAACACAUACAGAAGAGAAACCUCACAAAUGUAACACAUGUGGUAAGUCUUUUUCCCGGAAAUCAUACCUAAGUGUUCAUGAGAGAACCCAUACAUGAGAGACCUU